GGUCGGAAGCGGACGCUGCCCGUAACCUAUGACCCGAUUCACCCCGCCACAAACGUUUCACGCUGGAGGACAUAAAUAAGCGAAUCCGGCCGCCUUUUGGUACAUCUGCUGCUCCUCCAUAGUCCGGUUAAGGGAGGAGGAGGAGGAGAGGGCGACGAGGAGAGCCGGAAUGGAGGAAGAUCUGCGGUCUCUGCUCCAAGAUCUUGAAUCUCUCAAGGGAUGCGUCUCCGAUCGCUAUCGGAUCGGUUCCAUCGAUGAGAUGAAGCAGCGAGUGGUUAGUAUUGUGAACCUAACGAAGUCGGGGGCGACGCGACGAUCCAAAGUGAAGGACAUGAGCGCUGAGGUUGUGGAUAGCAACCCCUACAGUAGGCUGAUGGCGCUUCAGCGAAUGGGUAUCGUGCAGAACUACGAAAGGAUACGAGAUUUCUCUGUUGCGAUAGUAGGCAUAGGUGGUGUAGGUAGUGUCGCUGCAGAGAUGCUCACAAGGUGCGGGAUUGGUCGCCUCUUGUUGUAUGACUAUGACACUGUAGAGUUGGCAAACAUGAAUAGGCUAUUCUUCCGUCCUGAUCAGGUAGGCAUGACCAAGACAGAUGCUGCUGUUCAGACCCUGUCAGAUAUCAAUCCAGAUGUUGUUUUGGAAAGCUAUUCAUUAAACAUCACGACUGUCAAAGGAUUUGAGGUUUUCAUGGAGAGCCUUAAAAGACGAUUCUCUCAGAAAAGUGGACAAAACAGUGGAGUUGAUCUUGUUUUGAGCUGUGUUGAUAACUAUGAGGCUCGUAUGGUUGUGAAUCAGGCAUGUAAUGAACUGGGGCAGACAUGGAUGGAAUCUGGUGUAUCUGAAGAUGCUGUUUCAGGUCAUAUACAAUUACUAGUUCCUGGAGAAACUGCUUGUUUUGCAUGUGCACCUCCAUUGGUGGUAGCAUCUGGAGUGGAUGAGCGGACACUCAAGCGUGAAGGUGUAUGUGCUGCAUCUUUACCCACAACCAUGGGGGUAGUUGCUGGUCUUCUUGUUCAGAAUGCUCUUAAGUACUUAUUGAAGUUUGGGCAUGUUUCUCCUUAUUUGGGAUAUAAUUCACUUAAAGAUUUUUUUCCAACCAUGGAAAUGAGGCCAAAUCCACAGUGCUCAAACAAUGCCUGCAUUGAACGACAGAAGGAGUACCUCCAGACAAAACCUGCUAGAGAUGCUGCAGCUAAGGCAAAGCUGGAAGCCGAAUCUUCCAAAAACGAAGGCCCACUUCACAUGGAUAAUGAGUGGAAUAUAAGUGUUGUUGAUGAUAGCGAGAUGGAUACCCUAAAUAGUUGUGGUGUUUCAGGUGCUCUACCGGAGGGCCUCAUCCAUGAGCUCCCUACUGCUGAAAAGUAUCAUGAAUCACUAGGUACAGAAGAAGCAAAAACAGUUGAGGAUGAUCUCGAGGAACUCCAGCGACAGCUUGAUGCCCUUAACGCAUCUUAACUUUUUCCAGAAACCAACAAGAUCCUCACUCUUCUUUUAUAGGUUUUUUUUUUCCCCCUCUAGAGGUAAUGAGAUUUUACUUGAUGUCAGUUACUUUGGUCCAGUUACCUUGGAAAAAUAGAGAGAGACUAGAUUUCAUCUAACUACUCAGAGCUUCAUUAUUGAAGCACUUACUAGGGCUGUAUCUGAUCAUUGUUGUGCUUAAAAUUAUUUGCUUGGGGACCUGCAAGAACAUCAAAAGACUUUGGAGAAGGUAGAUCUGUCCAUUUAUCAACAAAUUUCAUGGACAUGCUCUUCUCCAUGUUUCUGUUUGAACUACUAGAAGUAUAGCAGAUGCUAGUCUUUUCAAGUUGCUAACUCUCCAACAGUCUACUGGAUCUUUUUUCUUUGGAUUUAGUAAAAUUGGUGCAGUUACAUGGAA